UUAAAUAGUUUAAAAGUUUAAGAGCGUUUAAACCAAUGCUGACUAGCGUCAGCGUAGCUUACCCAAGCGUUUGAUUAAACCUUGAUAUUUUAUGGUCAUUUGUAGCAUAACGUAGUUUAUAAAGAAAUACCUUAUGCGAUACUCAUAUCGAUGCGUGUUGGAUUUCAAAAUGUAAAGGUCGUUUAUCUGAACAAGAUGAAAUGAUAAAACACAUGUUAUCUUUAUCUCAAAGUUUUGAACGAAUGCGCGUAAUUUCAGGCUUGUCAAAGGCGAAUGUAAACAUACCUUGAAGGGAAGUUAUAUGCAAUUGUAAAAUUGACAACAGAUAUGUACCGUAUUGCAUGUGACAGGAGUGCAAAUCGAAACUGCUUGUGAAAAGACAAACUUGAAAACAUUGCGGAAUUAUUUAAAAGACGUGCACAUCGUAGUGUUAUUUAAAUAGUGCCUAUAUGCGAUAAAUAUAAGAUUAAUUGGAUAUCUAAGAAUGAGUCUAUUUUGUGGAGGUAAAAAGCAGAAUAAAGGCAAAAGAGGAAAGCGUGAUUCCAGUCCCGCUUACGGCGCAUCCCGUAAUGAUGAACUGCAGAGGGAGAAGAGCAGCCUUGAGAAGGAAAUCGGAGACCUGAAAGAGCAAAAAGCCUCACUUGCCAAUCAAAUAAAAACUCAAAAGGAUGAAGUUGCAAGAGAAAAGAAGACGGUCAAAGUCGAUUUAGAAAUUGCAUCUGUAAGUGAGGAAUUAGCCAGACUGAAGAAGGAGAAGAACGACAUUGAUCGGGAAAUCGGAAAUCUACGACAUGACAAAAAUGAACUACAAAAACAAACAAAAGCUUUAAAAGAAGAGUUUGCAAGUGCUAAAAAGGCAGUCAAUGUCGAGUCUGAGAUACACCAACAUCCUGACAAGGCAGCCCAAGAGGAGCAACUCAAUAGUUUUAGCAAAAAACUUGAAGCUGAGAAGGUCGCUAAGGACAAGGCACAUGAGAAGAUAAAAGCGAUUGAAGAAGAGCAGACAAAGCUGAAAAACGAAAUUGACAGCCUUAAGAAAAUAUCAGAACUAGAGAAGGCUCAGACAACAAAAGCCGAAGAUGAACUAGAUAAAUACAAGAAAGAGAAGGCCAAACUUGAACAAGAGAUGGGCAGCACAAAGAAGGAACUGGAGCUAGCGAGGAAGGAAAGCCACAUUCCACGAAGCCCUACACGGGCUCCAUCUGACGAGUGGAAGGAUAAAAUAGACAAAGCUGAAAGCGAGCUUCAAAAGGAGAGAGAACUUCGACUUGGAAAAGAGAGAGAAAAUAGUCGCAUUAACAGUGAAAAUAAACUGCUUGCGGACGAGAAACAAAAAUUGCAAGACGAAACCAAUGCAAUGAAAGCUAAACUCGAAGAGUCGUUAAACAGCUUACGCACCCUCGAGAUGAACCACAAAAAUGAAAUCAAUCAGCUACAAGACAGGCUUCACCAGGAAAAGCAAAAGAUAAAGAAGUUAGAUGAAGAAAAGGACCAACUUUUGACGCGGCUGAGUUCUUCGACAGCAGCCAAGGUGCUUGAUUCUAACCCAAAUAUUGCGGAUCUCAGCGAUCCAAACAGGCCACAGAAGAUCGCUGAGAAGUUCUCCCAGGUAUAUGAUGACCAAUGGACAGACGCCAUGGAAAAUUUGGAGAAGUUGGGAACAAACGAAGAACGGAACAUCAAGAUAUUAAUUGACCUCUUGACUACCAUUUACAGUCAUUGUAAAGAAUCAUCGGACAACCAAAAUUCUCGUAUCGAGGAGGAUCUUUUUCUUCCACCGAUGGAAAGCCACUCGUCCACGUCUGAACCGAAUGGAACCGAACAAUUGAAAUCUCCUAUAAGCACUAAAUCCCAUUCAAAGAUUCCAAGAUUCUCUUCCCAUAAGGGUGGUAGACCGGCACUGCCAAACCUUGUCACAGAGAAAACAACUGUAGAGGUUGUCACGCCUACAAAAGAACGACAAACGCGUGCCCACUCUGUACCAAAGGUGAAAGGUGAAAAAAUGCCUGAAGUGCCGGUAGAGGUAAAGAAAGGGAUCAAGGAAUACCGUAAGAAGGUUGCUAAACAAGUGGUUCCCGUGAUUGAAAAGGAAGUUCUAGCUAAACUCAGGCGAAUGGAGGAAUUCGGAGACAAGGUCGUUGAUGUGUGUUUGCCGUACAUUAAGAAAUGCGUGGAGCUGUGUUGGAUGAUGUGUGUGCAAGACCCGCCUGCCGUGCUCGACUGGAGUGCUCAGGAAGGUGCCUUCAACGUUGAUUUGUACCGGGCCUACACGAAAUCCGGGAGCCAGUUGGAAUUCGUCGUAUGGCCAAUUAUUUAUUUGCAUGAAGGUGGGCCUGUACUGUUGAAAGGCGUUGCGCAAGGCAGGGAUUAGAGAAGAGAUACUUUUCGCCAUGUUGUCUGCCGUUAUUUUUAUGCGUUUUAUGUAAAGGAUUACGAAUUCAUACAUUCAUAUCAUUCUUAUCAUCAACGUAAUCCACAGUGUAUUUUUCUGACGAUCCCAAUACAUCAUAAAAUCAUGUUUUAUAUUUCUGCUGUCGAUAUUACAUCCGCUUAAACCAAAAGCAAAGACUGUUUAUAAAAAAAUAAUACGUCAAUCAUUUUGAAACUUAAGCCAAAUUCUCAGCUUAGUUAUCAAAUUUAUACGGAAAACGUUGUGAACAUAGUUUUUUUGUAAUAGUUUACCGUUAUAAGUAAUGUAUAGAGUGUCGUUUGGUAAUAAUUUCGAAAUGUUCAUUCACUUCACUGUAUUUAAAACAUAAUAAGCGUUAGCUAGAAUAGUGUAAUAUGUUGUACUGUCUAAUUAAUUAAUCAUGAUUCGCGUGUCAUAUCUACAGUUUUGCAUACAUAGUUUACCUCAUUAGUUAAUUAAACGCUUUUAUGUGUAUAACAAUAAUUGUCCCACUGUUCAUUAGUUUUACAAAAGUUAUUACUUAGAAGAUGUCAUUUCGUUGUACGAAAUAAAGAUUGCGUCAUGUAAAACAAACUUGUAAAACAGCAAAAGUUAGAACUGAAACGUUACUAUACUUAUUGUUUUUCGUUUGAGAACAAACGGGCUAUUCUGCAGAUCGCCGUUCUGACUUGUAUAUGAUGUUGAAUUCGUUGUAUAUCGUUGUACAUCAUUGAAUAAUUAUUGUAUUUAUGUUUUUCAUUAUUUUUUGACGAAUAUCAUAAACGGCACUUUUAUUCGGAGUUUAGUUCCGAUAUAUUUCACGCUCAUGUUCAAUGAAGCGUGCCUCUGUUUUUUACCUUCACAUAUGAUUACAGGUUGUAUCCAAUGUGCAAUACUUUGGUCAAGUUUUGAAUGCAUAUCUUCAACAUUUGCACUUGUUGUGUACUCAAAAACAACACUUGUUAGAAUUCGGCUUCAGAUAUUUUCACAAACGUGUUUCUCUCAUACACCUAUUUAACGCAUUAUAUUUUUGUUACAUAUCAAAUAUUGUGGCUGUAGUGCAUAUCACUUACGUGUUUGACUUACACAUAGCAUGUACGAUGUGUAAAGGUUACAUACAUAUCAAACGUUUUUAUGCUGUAAAUUAGGAUUUAGAAAAUAUCGCAUACCAUUUUGUCUUAAAUAUAUCAAGUUAUAAUGCUAUAAAUAUAGAUAUAAAAAAUUGUACAUAUAUCCCACGCGCUUGGCUUACACAAAUGAUUUAGCAUCCUAUGCUUAGUUUUGUAAUUAAGGCAUGCUUUCAAGAUAAUUGAUGUUAAAUGAAACACAAUAAAAUGAAGAGCUUUAAUAGGUUACCAAUAUUAAAGAGGUUUCUGUUUCCUUGUGCAUGUAUUCGUAGAAAUGCCAACAUUCCAAAUAAUUAUUCCAAUUAAUCAUAUCAUGUUUCAAUUUUUUAUUACUUAUGAAAUAUAUGAUGAUGCGGCUUUUUACGUUUUGUGUCAUAAAUGUUUGCAGUUAUUGCCAACUGAAUACAUUGAAUAUUUAUUUAAUUAACAGCACAGUGUAUAUUGUAUUGUGUUAGCGUAUAUUAGUAAUUGAAUAAAAUGCCAAUAAACUUAA